AUGGCGGCAUCCACCUCUACUUCCCACAAUCUCUUUCCCGUCCCCUCGGGCGCCACAGCUACCGUCUCGAUCAUCGACACCACCUCGCGCAUCGGGCGCAUAGCCGUGUCGUAUCUGAUGGAACCACCGCUGUCAGGCUUCGAAACCAUGCCCGAGUUGCCGUCGUGGUCGUUCUUGGUCGAGUCCAGCACCACGGGCAAGAAGGCGCUCUUCGACCUGGGCGUGCCGCCCGACUGGAAGAAUUUCGCGCCGGCCGUGAGCGAGGCGCUGAGCACCAGAGGAUGGGAGAUUUCUGCCGAGAAGAAUACGAGUCAGAUCUUGGAGGAGAACGGCGUGGAUCUGAAGGGUGUCGGGAGCAUCGUCUGGAGUCACUGGCAUUGGGAUCACCUGGGUGAUCCGUCCACGUUCCCUCCCUCGACGGAAGUGGUGGUAGGUCCCGGCUUCAAGGAGGCUUUCAUGCCUGGUUAUCCUGGCAAGCCCGACUCUCCGGUGCGGGAGUCGGAUUUCAAGGGACGAGAACUCCGAGAAGUGACAUUCACCGAGCCCGGCACCCUCCAGAUUGGCGACUUUCGAGCCCAAGAUUUCUUCGGCGACGGAUCCUUUUACCUCCUCGACACGCCGGGUCACGCGGUCGGACACGUCUGCGGACUGGCGCGCACGACUCACGAGCCCGACACGUUCAUCUUCAUGGGCGGCGACCUGUGCCACCACGGCGGCGAGAUCCGGCCGUCCACGUACAUGCCCCUGCCGAAGCAGAUUCACGUGCACUCGGUGGCGAGGGCAAUGCACUCACCCUGCCCGGGAGCCGUGUUCGAGGCCGUCCAGCAGCAGCGCGGGAGGCCGCCGACCAAGCCCUUCUUCGACCCGGCCAUGGGCCUCUCGAUCCCGCAGGCGAUCGAGACGAUCGAGAAGGCGCAAAAGGCCGACGGGGACGACAACGUGCUGUUCAUCUACGCCCACGACGCCACGGCGAGGGGCGUGGCUGACCUGUACCCCCUCACUGCCAACGACUGGAAGAAGCGAGGGUGGCGCGAGAAGAUGUUCUGGGCGUUCCUCGCGGAUUUUGGGGUCGCGUAG